AUGAAUGCCGUCUUAAUGUGCAUAAAAGAUCUCACAGGGGGGAGAAGCCAUAUUCUUGUCCUGAGUGUGGGAAAUGUUUUUCAGAGAAGUCCAGUAUUUACAGACAUCAGAGAUCUCACACAGGGGAGAAGCCAUAUUCCUGUUCUGAGUGUGGAAAAUGUUUUUCCACUGAAGUCCCAACUUUACACACAUCAGAGAUCUCACACGGGGGAGAAGGCAUAUUCCUGUCCCGAGUGUGGGAAAUGUUUUUCACUGAAGUCCAAUCUUUACAUACGGGGGGAGAAGCCGUAUUCCUGUUCUGAGUGUGGGAAAUGUUUUUCACAGAAGUCCACUCUUUACAGACAUCAGAGAUCUCAUGUGGGGAAGAAUCCACUUUCCUGUCCUGAGUGA